AUGACAAAUGUACAAGAUGACUACACGGGCGUGAGCACCAUGCGCAAUAUCGAUGAGAAGGUCAAUCCAAUGUCCGCUAGUCGAGACGAAAAGGACGACCUUAAGACGCUGAAGGCACGAAUGCAGCGCCGAAAGAAGCCUAUUUACGCUGUUAUUGUCUUUCUGAUUUUGGGUAUUAUUGGUAUCUCAAUUGGUGUUUCUACAAGUACGAAGUCGACUGCCAACACGGAAUCUGCGCAGGACACAGUAACCCCGUCUUCUGAUGAUACUGAUGAUAUUUCGAAGCCAGUAUUGAAUGAGUUUGUAAAAGAUGCUACUGCUGACGAAUAUGGCGAGUCUGUUAAAAAUGAAUCGACAAAUGAUGUGGGGAGUCUUAAAAUGAGCUCACUCAGCACAAACGGAUCCGAAGAAGGUGUUGGCAAAGUAUCAUUCGGGCAAAAUGUGACAAUCAAUGCUUCAUUGACUUCACCACAGACACAAAUCGAUAUCGAAGCUGAACCACAGACACAGACACAGGAACAGACACCAACACCACCACCAACACCGUCACUCGCCCCAUCGCCACCGUCCGAGGAGACUCCUUUGCCAAGCCCAUCGGGUAAUGUUCUUUCCUACUCUAUUGUCGAUUUUGACUGGACAGACGCAUCCAAGUGGGAGUACGCUAGUGGUGCUGCCUUACCUUCGAGUAUGAUAACCAGUAGUGGUAUCACUUUGACAUCCGAUAAUAGCGCUGAACCAAUUAGAACUAAAGAAGGAUGGAGUGGUGAAAAGGUUGUGUACAUUGAAUGGGAGCGUUCAAGUACGAGUGACACAAACAUAUGGAUGCUCAACACCAAGCUUCAAGAUCAAUUUGGAAAAGGCAAUGGCUGGCCGUACUGGGGUGAGCUCGACUUGUUCGAAAUGUUCGCACAGGACGCUAUCAAUAUCCCUGCAUAUGAUCACAGUGGCUUUGGUGGCUUCACCGAUGUAUCAAGCUAUGGCCAAUUGACCAUGCACAUGGGGCCAGCCACCGAGGACGGAAGUCCAUGUUUCUGUCCUGCAAGUCCUGUUAAGAGUCAGUGGUACAAAAAUACGCAGCCCAUGACAUCUGGAUGUACAGCCCAGUUCUCGAACGAUGCAUCGAAUUCAAUUGCUGCUGUCUGGGGAUCAGAUAGCACGGGAAAGUAUAUUCAACUAUUUCAGAACCCAGCUAUUACGAAAGGUGGUAAACUCAAUGACGUCGAUACUUACGACAUUACAGGUGGCACUGGCCCCGCUACUUCUCGAAUUUACAACAAUGCCGAUCUUUUCUGGGGCGUAGAUGCUACGUCACCGUGCGCCGCAGCCGGAGGGCACGACGCUACAUCCGGCUUCCCAUUCUUUGAAAAUUUUCGUUUAGUUCUUGAAGAGCAGAAGAAAGGAGAUUCAAGUGCUUCUUUUACGGUGAAAAAGAUUCAGAUUUUCACCAAAAACUAG